AAAGUAGCGCUUCUAUUCGCCAAGUUAUUUCUGCGGUCUUUGAAUCUUGGAUUGUUGGCCUGUUGGGAACGAAUCUGGAAGGAUAAACUGCUCAAUUGGCAUCUAAGGAGGCGGAUAUAAUAGAACAUUGUCAGGUUGGUGUCUGCCCAACAGGCUACCCCGUCCACCGAUCGCGAGCGAGAGAGAGGGGGAUGUAUAUGCAGGUGUGAAGGGCGGCGUGGAAGUGCCAAGAACGGUGAAAGUAAUGAAAAAGGCAAAGGGAGGGAUAAUCAAAACCGACUUCAUUUUUGUCAUUCCUGGUGUGAAAGAUGAGCACUGCUCUUAUUUUGAUGUCAGGCGACAGGAAGUGCAAUUUCUAGGCAUGCAAGAAUGUGUGCCGUGCAUGCAAACUCUAGGACGGAAUAUAUUUUCUUCGUUAAGAGGCCACCUUCACUUCUAUAGCACAAAAUACUUAACCUAAACUUGUCACCUUGAUCUGAUCUAGACACAGCAAAUGAAACCUUCAAAUUAUGCUCACAUUCCCUCAUUCAGCAUGCAGGUCAUUCAUCAAUCUCUAGCUCAGCUGCCAACUUAGUGCUGUCACCAUCAGCAUGGACAAAAUCACUGGGAUUUGCCUGUUCUUGCCGGUCUUCUUCAUCGCAGCAUGCUCUUUCACAUUCACAAUCACCAACAACUGCCAAUUCACAAUAUGGCCAGCAAUUCUAUCAGGUGCCGGCUCACCAGAACUGUCUCCGACUGGGUUUCAAUUAAAACCAGGCACAAGUUACAACAUUCAGGCAACACCAAAAUGGUCUGGCCGAAUUUGGGGCCGAACGGGCUGCAAUUUUGACAGUGAAGGGAAUGGUGUAUGUCUAACUGGUGACUGUGGUGGUAACCUUGAAUGCAAUGGACGCGGAGGACAACCACCUGUGACUCUGUUCGAGAUCACUUUAGGAGACGGAAACACUGAUGAUUACUAUGAUAUCAGUCUUGUUGAUGGAUAUAACCUGCCAAUUAUUGCAAAGCCAUGCAGCAUAAACGGGCCUUGCAAUGCCACUGGCUGUACAACCAAUCUCAAUUCAGGUUGCCCCAGAGAACUGCAGGUUGUGGAUGAUGGAGUGGUCGCAUGCAAGAGUGCAUGCAAUGCAUUCGGACUUGAUCAAUACUGCUGCACUGGGAGCUUUGCAAACCCCACAAGCUGUAAGCCCUCUUACUAUUCUACAGUGUUCAAAACUGCAUGCCCAAGGGCAUACAGCUACGCUUUUGAUGAUGGGAGCAGCACUUUCACAUGCAAGGCAGUCGCUUACACCAUCACCUUUUGCCCAGCAGCUGACGGGCCAAGGAGGUCCCAUGGUGCAGACUUCAUGCCUCCUCCUCCUCUGCCGCCUCCGCCUCCCCCCUCUCCCAACGCCACCGAGGUUGAUGAACCGGACAUCGAUGCAGUCUCUUCAUCAAGGCCUCGAACCGUCUGCAACAUCUAUUUACUCUCGCUCACCAUCUAUUUUGCGGUCUCUUUGAGCACAUAUUUUGAAAUGUGAUCCUGCUCAAGCUGAACCGUAACUUAGCUGAUGUACUAACCAUUCUUACAUAGGAAGAACAUUAUAUUUUUUUCCUCUCUUUCUUUGACGCAUUUUACAGAAAGAACUCGUAUUUCUGCUCGUUCUGCCAAAGCUUGCCUUCAUCGGAAAUCCACGUUUUUUCCUGCUCGGCAGAUGGCAAGAAAGUGACGGAAAAUAACUUAGGAAACAUAGGAAGGAAUAGAUAAGAAUAUUUUGCCAGGAAGCAAACUUCUGAAGGCUUUCAAAAGUAAGCGGAAUCCUUGGAUUUCUCAAUUGUCUAUGUUCUUUGUGGAGAAGAAAUUGGCAAGUGUGGACUUUAUUCCCAUCUUCACAAACAAUUUUUCUGUUAAAGGCAACCUCAUAUAGGGAUAGGAAGCCUUGGAUUCUCUAUAGCCAAUCCAACUCC